AUGACCCAGAAUACCACGAUUACCCUCAAGACGCUGACCGCGCAUGAGCUGCUUUCUGCGCGGGAGAACAUGUGCGAGCUUUUUGGACUGACCGAUGACUCGGAGCGCCGGUCUCUGCUGAUAGGAAGAGAUCGGGAGGCCCAGUUGGAGUCUCUAAAGACCAAACUGGAAGAGUUGAAAAAGGACGUGCAGAGGGCCAAGGCCCACGACGCCUAA